UUGUAACAAACUUAAAAAAAAAACAAAUACAAAAGAAAAGUGCCGACAAAAUUUGUACCAAAAUGUCCUCAGGCCUGUUAAUGCGAGCGUUGCGCCAUAUGUCGGGUCAGUCGGCCAGAUGUGGCAAGAAGAAGUACGAGACCCUAUCGAUGAGCCGCAGUCUGAGGGACAUAACGCCCGAGGCGUAUUCCACGCUGCGCAGCGUUAUGAUCCAAAUGGAACGCGCCUCCAGUCUGGGCAACAGUAUGCAACUGACGGAUGAAGAGUCGGCCGCCAAUAAGGUGUUGAUGGCAGCCAAGUCCAAAGAGCUGGAGAAGGGUUUUCUGAAUCCGUCCAAAUUCACACCUGGCCAGCACAUAUUCCAGGUGCUCAAGAAGGUGGAGAGAUCGCCGCUGUUUGGUCUGCUGAAGACAAUGCCCAAGGGCGGCAUUUUGCAUGCCCACGAUACUGCACUCUGCAGCACCGAGUUCCUCAUUGGGCUCACCUACCGCGAGAAUCUGUGGAUAUGCACCGCGGACGAGGGCUGCCGGGCAAUUGCAUUUCGGUUUUCCGAAUCGAAGCCCACAAUGAAGGCAAUGGAGGAAUGCAACUGGGAGCCCAUGGCUGAUUUCCGUGAGCGUCGCGGCGAAGAGAAUGUGAAAAAGUAUCUGCAAAGCAGGUUCAGCAUGUAUCCGUUCUCCAGCUUUCUGUCCAACAAUCAGGCCUGGAACCAGUUCAUGAGCAUUUUCAUACUGCUCGAUGGGCUGCUGCUCUAUGCGCCCGUCUGGGCCGAAUACUACUACAAUGCCCUGACGGAGAUGUAUGCGGAUGGUGUGCAGUAUCUGGAGCUGAGGUCCCUGCUACCAGAUCUCUACUGCUUGGAUGGCGCGCCUCUGAAGAUGGCCGACACAGUGUCUAUAUAUAAAUCGGAAACGGAACGUUUUAUGGCCAACAAUCCGGAUUUUAUUGGUGCCAGGCUCAUCUAUGCGCCACUGCGGGGCGUCGAACCAAAAGUUGUCGAUGAGUAUGUACAGAAAUGCAUUGCACUUAAAAAAGAAUUUCCCACAUUUUUGACAGGCUUCGAUUUGGUGGGCCAGGAGGAGCUCGGCCGUCCACUAAUUGAUUUCGUGGAGCCAUUGCUCAAGAUGCCCGAGGAUAUAAACUUCUACUUUCAUUGCGGCGAAACGAACUGGUUCGGCACCUCCAUCGAUGAGAAUCUGAUAGAUGCCAUACUGCUCGGCACGAAGCGCAUCGGGCAUGGCUAUGCGAUUGUCAAGCAUCCGCUGGCCAUUGAGAUGGUCAAGAAACUGGACAUUGCCAUUGAGGUAUGCCCGGUGUCGAAUCAGGUGCUGCAGCUGGGCCAGGACUAUCGCAAUCAUCCGGCUGCCAUGUUGAUAGCGAAUGAUGUGCCCAUUGUCAUCGCAUCCGAUGAUCCGUCCUUCUGGCGUGCCACGCCCCUCACACAUGACUUCUACUUUGCAUUCCUGGGCAUUGCGCCAUUUAGUGCAGAUCUAAAGCUGCUGAAGCACCUGGCAGUUAGUUCCAUUCGGUACAGCGGGCUCACGGAUAAGGAGAAGUCCACGGGCAUGGAGAAAUGGCAAAAGCAAUGGAACAAAUGGAUCGAAAACUUAACAAAGGCAGCUUAGUCAAACGGCGUCAAGUAAUUAAUUAAAUUUCUGUUAUUUUCAUAAUGUUGUUUU